AUGAGCCAGUUCGGAAAUGUAAUCGCCACGAGGUGCCGUGCCAAGAACCCCUCCCGGGCAGCCUCCGAAAGCUAUCGGCAAGGCAUGAACGAACUGGCUGCCGUGCUUUACUCCGUGAUGAAGCAAUGCGAGUUCAAAGGCUCGGACUCUGAGGCGCUGGGCGCUCGCCUGUGCGGAAGCAGCCACAACGAGGCCGAUACCUUUGCAUGCUUCGUUCACCUGAUGGACAAAGGGCUGCGACCGAUGUUUCUGAACAGCACCGCGAGCCGCCCCGCGCGCUCGCCGAUCGGCGAACUGCCGCGCUCCCGGGGAGGCGCCUCCGAUUCAGGCUCUGCGAUCCUGGCGCGGUGCUCCUUCAUCUUCGACCAGGUCGUCCGUGGCGUCCAGCCUGACCUCUUCGACCAUUUGAAGAGGUUGGAGAUUGAGCCUCAGGUCUUCCUCCUGAGAUGGAUCCGUUUGCUCUUCUGUCGAGAGUUUGACCUCGAGGAGACUUAUAUCCUUUGGGAUGGGCUCUUCGCCAGCGUGGGGCAACACCUGGCGACGUCUUUGCAGUACGAGGGCUCCAGCGCCGCCAUGUUGAACGCUGCUGAGGCUGCGAAGGAGCUUCCGGCCUUGGACUUCGUGGCCGCAGCGCUGCUGCUCCGCAUGCGUCGAGAUUUGCUGAGACUCGAUCAGACGGAGUGCCUCCGACGGCUGCUUCAGAGCUGCUCGCAAGAGCGCAGCGGCGAGUUGUUGCUGGAGGCCAAACGGAUCUACACAGGCAGCUUUCCGCGCACGGCUCCUCCAGCUCCAGUGCCAGUCCAUCCGGCCAAUGUCCAGGCAGUUCCGCGGCUUCAAGACACCCAUGAGCCAGAUUCCGAGGACCCCUUGCGCCGUGGUCAGCAGUUCAUCAGCGCCGCUGCGCAAAGUGCGCAGGGGCUGCUUCAGGCGGGUCGGCAAGCCUAUGCCAAACUCAGUGACCAGGCUGUGGCAAAGUCUCCAGCCCAGGAUCCACGGGCGCCCUCGGGUACUGGGAGGAGUCCUGGCUUGACACAGAGCAUUGCCAGCUGGGUGGACAUCGAUCUUUGGUCGGACAAGGCCACCACGGUGGGCCACUCGCAGGAUGAGCUGUCGGAGCUCCGGCAGAGAGCGGCCACCGCGGAGCAAGAGCGCGAUGAGAUCAAGCGCAAGGCCAAUGAGUUUGUCACCAAGAAGAAAGCGGAGUUCGCUGCCCAGAUCGCGGAGCGGGAUGCACAGAUCGCCGAGCUCACCCGGCAGCUGGCAGAGGCAACAGAGGCAUUGGCAGCCUUAAAGGCUGCCAAUCCGCUGCAGACAGACCCAGCGAGGGAGCGAAGCGCCGAAGCGCCAUGCUUUGAGAAGAGGAUGCCAGCCCAGCCCUUCAGUGCGCGGAAAUCGCUGGCGGUGAAGACCCAGGCUCCACGGCAACAUGUUCAGAAGUCCUUGGUGCAAGAGUCGGUGAAGUUCGAACGCCGCACCAGGGAAAAUGAAACCAAUGAUGAAUGGGUCACUGGCGAGGGGAUGAACUUCCCCAAGAACCACGACCGCUGGGCGCAUAAGGUGGACAAUGGCACGAGGGAGUCCUUUGAGUCGGAGCGAAGCCAGAGCAAAAAAAUCACUCUCGAUCGGAUGCCCUUCCCAUCCACUGGAGCCUACAUGGGCAAGUUGUGGCGAAACCCGGUCACUGCCCGGUUGAGCCUCCGGAAGGUGCAUCAACAACACGACUUUCAGCUCAUUGACUUGUACACCAGGAGCCAUGUGACCAAGACGCCGAGUGAGAUGGCCAAAGAUCCCUAUCUCUACAAGCCGGUGAUUUUGACUCUUCGCACCUGGAUGUACCACGACUUCUUCAGGCAGAAGAAACUGGUUGCAUCCGCUGAUGAGAAUGGCAUGGUGAAGUGGGUUCUGGAUCUCCCCUGUGUUGAUGCACCGAUCAACAGCGGCCAGAAAUCCUCCGUUCUUUACUACAUGCCCAUGGCCUUGUUCAGCUCCUUUACCAAAGACCCGGCCACGGUGUCUUCGACCUUGUUGGCGCUCAUCGCCUUGGGAGUCCUGUCGGCGAUGUGCAACUCCGCCCAACUCUAUAGCCGGCAACGGGUCUACGGCAUCCCGUUGCGGUUGAUCCAUUUGAGCGUGGUCAUCUUCACGGUGGCCCAGAGCACCCUCGACACCAUGUCUCUCGUGGGUUACAUCUUGACCUUCUUCUUCAUCGCUUUGGACAUCUUUGAUGGGGAUCUCUCAAUGCUGACGAGCUACAGGUUCUGGUGCCGCUACGCGGUGGUUCGGGAGCUGCCCAUGCGCUGCUUCAUCUGUCGCCGCGAGGGUGCUGCGCAUCUGGAGGAGUUGGUGGGCGAACGCGCGCCCAUUCCCAGCACAGUGCAUGGUCUAUCGACUUGGCUCAAGGAGUACUCCUUCGUGGUGGAGCUAUGUGGAACUCUGUGCAUUUUGGAGCGCAUCUCGUUGAAGGAGUGGCAACAAGUUCUGGCGGAACAACAGCAGGGCAGGAAGUUCACGUUCGUGUCCUUCGGUCUUUUCGACAAGACCACCCCCAACAUGUGGCACUUCUGUGAAGACUUCGAGGUCCCCAAGAUUGCCGGUGUGGAAGUCCAGGUGAAGCCCACCAAAACCCAGACCACGCAAGUCCAAAACUAUUGA